UGCCUCAGCCUCCAAGUGCUGGGAUCACAGUGAGCACCCCUAUGCCCGGCUGAAGGCCCAGCUUUGCUCAUGUGUUUACGAGGUUUCCAGGGUCUCAGCCAGUCCUGCUCAUGUCCUCCAAGUCAGGGCCAUCUCUGCCCUCUUUGAAUGGCCUUCUGAGAAGAAGCAUGGCCAGCACCUUCUCCAAGCUACUCACUGGCCGCAACGCCUCUCUGCUGCUUGCCACUGUGGGCACCAGCGCCCUGACCACCGGUUACCUGCUGAACCGGCAGCAUGUGCGCGCCGAGCCCCAGAGCCAGCACAAGCUGUUCCCUGCAAGCGCCGACUACCCUGACCUCCGCAAGCACAAUAACUGCAUGGCUGAGUGCCUUACGCCAGCCAUCUACGCCAAGCUCCGAAACAAGGUGACGCCCAAUGGCUACACCCUGGACCAGUGCAUCCAGACCGGCGUGGACAACCCCGGCCACCCCUUCAUCAAGACAGUGGGCAUGGUGGCUGGGGACGAGGAGUCCUACGAGGUGUUUGCUGAUCUUUUUGACCCUGUCAUCAAACUAAGGCACAAUGGCUAUGACCCACGGGUGAUGAAGCACCCCACGGACCUGGACGCCGGCAAGGUCACCCACGGGCAGUUCGACGAGCGCUACGUGCUGUCGUCCAGGGUGCGCACCGGCCGCAGCAUCCGCGGGCUCAGCCUGCCGCCCGCCUGCUCGCGCGCCGAACGCAGGGAGGUGGAGAACGUGGCCAUCGCGGCGCUCGAGGGCCUCAAGGGUGACCUGGCUGGGCGCUACUACAAGCUGUCGGAGAUGACGGAGCAGGACCAGCAGCGGCUGAUCGACGACCACUUCCUGUUUGAUAAGCCAGUGUCCCCUCUGCUCACCUGUGCUGGGAUGGCCCGCGACUGGCCAGACGCCAGGGGAAUCUGGCAUAACUACGACAAGACCUUUCUCAUCUGGAUCAAUGAGGAAGACCACACCAGGGUCAUCUCCAUGGAGAAGGGCGGCAACAUGAAGCGGGUGUUUGAGCGCUUCUGUCGCGGCCUGAAAGAAGUGGAGAGGCUGAUCCAGGAGCGCGGCUGGGAGUUCAUGUGGAACGAGCGCCUGGGCUACAUUCUGACCUGUCCUUCGAACCUGGGCACCGGGCUGCGAGCCGGCGUCCACGUGCGGAUCCCGAAGCUCAGCAAGGACCCCCGGUUUUCUAAGAUCUUGGAGAACCUGAGACUCCAGAAGCGUGGCACGGGCGGUGUGGACACUGCGGCAGUGGCGGAUGUGUAUGACAUUUCUAACAUCGAUCGGAUUGGCCGAUCAGAGGUGGAGUUGGUCCAGAUAGUCAUCGAUGGAGUGAACUACCUGGUGGACUGCGAGAAGAAGCUGGAGAGGGGCCAGGACAUCAAGGUGCCGCCGCCACUGCCGCAGUUCAGCAGGAAGUGACAAGCCCCUGCCCCCCUUCCUAACUAGUCUGCCUGCUGGUACGACAGACAUGAAAAGUCUCUGCUCUGAGAGUUUCUGUAGACUUGGGAAAAUGUGAAACUGCAGAUCUUUAUCUUUACAAUAAAACUCUCCUUAAUAGCUUU